UGAUUGUCCAGUGAUUAAAAAGCGCGCCUUUUGUAUUCUCGCAGCAUUGCUGACAGUGUUAUUUUUGUCAAUUGUAAAAAUUCCUCGUUCUAAGACAACACCUGCAAUAUAAAAAUAAAGAAAAUAUUGCCCAUAAUAAAACAUAAACUAAAUAUAAAGUGCAAAACAAACAGUAAUAAGUUUCGAAAAUUGUCGAGGAGCGGAACAAAUCAGACUGUAGAAGAAAUUAAAAUAUUUAAGAAAAAAUGGAUACUACCUCUUCAGUUCCUAUACCCCCAGAUGGCGGCUGGGGUUGGGUCAUUGUAGCAGCUGUGGCUUUGAUAAAUAUGACCAAUCAGUCGAUUUUAUCAGUUUUCGGUUUGCUCUUUGGAUCACAGCUAAGAGAAAUGCAGCAAGAGACAUUUACGGCUGCCCUUAUUACCAACCUCAACAGUUUGGCUUUGAAUUUUUCGGGUCUGUUCAUAGGGCCGGCAAUAAAAAGUUUCAAACCACGAAAUGUGGCUGCAUGUGGUUGUUUAAUGGUUUCUUUUGGCCUUAGCUUGUGUUCCUUUGCCACCGAGGGUUGGCAUUUUAUAGUGGGCUAUAGUUUAUUUGUUGGUUUGGGAUUAGGUCUGAUAGCCCCCUCUACAUUUGUGGCCAUCAAUUCAUACUUUACCACCAAACGGGGUCGUGCUGUGGGUGUUUCCCUGGCCGGAGCUGGUCUCGGUCAAGUUUUCAUACCACAUGUUGUACGCUUCUUUUUGGAUCACUAUGGCUUCCGCGUUGCCAUUUUGGCCAUGUCUGUACUUUCUCUAGUCGGUCUCAUUGGUGCUCUGUUGCUGAAACCAUUGACACCAAAUGGUUCAACGGCUGCUGGCAAACAUAAUAACCGCAAGCAUUUCACAAUAAUACCAUCGUCUGCUGCUGGCACAAACAAAAACAAGGUGAACUCAAGUGAUUCUGUUAUGGAAAUUAAAAUUGGUAACAAUGCUAAUGAGAUGCAAAUGGAUAAACAAAAAUCGCAGGAAGUGGCUCUUUUGUCUCGUGAGAACAAUGACGAUAAUGUUUACAAGCAAACAACCAUACGCAUGGAGAAGACCAAUCAUAAAGAUACUGCAUUGUGCAGUAAAGUGUGUCAACGUUUGGUAGAGGCCAUGGACUUGGAGCUGUUAAAAGAUCCGAUAUUUUGGAGCAUAAUAAUCGGCAUGGCUUUGGUUUAUACAUCAACCAUAAACUUCACUAUGAUCUUCCCCAGCUUUUUACAGGACUCUGUUAGAUAUUCUACAAAAACAACAGCCACGUGUAUGUCUAUAAUGGCCGGCGCUGAUAUUAUCUGCCGCCUUUUAUUGCCCUGCAUCACAGAUAAAUUGAAAAUACCAUAUCGUGUUAUUUUUCUACUGGGAACAGUUGGCCUAUUAAUUUCAAGAGCAGCUCUGGCGGAAUCCAUGGACUUUGUUAGCAUUGUUGUAAUGUCCAUAUUCACAGGCAUGACCAAAUCGGCCACUGUACUAAACAAUAACCUUACGAUAUCGGGUCAUGUUAGGCCGGAGAAAUUGCCCGGCGGUCUGGGUCUUAACAUGAUUGCCAAGGGAGUUCUUGUAAUAAGUGUUGGCCAGGUUCUUGGCUGGAUUAGGGACUUUACAAACUCCUAUGUCCUAUGUUUACAUGCACAAAAUGCUCUAUUGCUGUUUGUGAUAUGCGUGUGGACGCCCGAAAUGUGCUACAAAUAUCACAAAUAUUUGAAGGAGAAACGUCAUUUAAGAUUGCAAAGUACAGCUACUGAGGACCAACAAAUGCCUUCAUCCGAUGACAUAGAAGAAGGACAACAAUGUCUGAGUUCGCCAAAAACAACGUCCAGACCAAAUGACUGUUAGUUAAUUGUAUUGCGGAGUAUGAAUUUACUAAAGUUUAUCUACCUCUUAAAGUAUUAUUAGCUGUUAAGUCAGUCAGUCGGUUGGUUAGUUAUUUAUUGGCAGACCCAGCGCCCAGUGUUCAAUUAUUUCUGCGGGUAGGCAGCCUAAGAUUGCAUAUGGGACUAGUGGAGUUAAACCAAUAACUAUCACUGUCUCGCCAAAGUUAUAACAAACACACAAUGUUACUUGUGAUAUUUUGCUUUGUAAGUUUAGUUUUUAAAGAUAUGACCUUUUUUAUACAGAUUUUUUAUGAAAUCAAACGGAGCUACAUAAUAGUGUAAGACUUAUGGAUAUUUUUAAGAAUAUUUGUUAUUUGAAUAAAAAACUAAAUGAAAAUUA